UUUGCGAAAAAGAACAGCGCCUCACACGUCGUAUAUGCAAGAGCCGUUUAUUGGGUAUUCCAAGAUGGCGGCGCCCAUGUCCAGAAUUUUAUCACGACUGAUUGUGAGUCAACACAUCAAAAGCAUCAAUCUACCAGUCAGAUGUUUGCAAACGACUGCAAUAUGCCAUAAGUCUGUUGCUGCACGAGUGAAAGUAAGCAAGGGAGAGAAGCCAAUCACAUAUGAGCAGGCAAACCCACCGUUUCAGAUCGGCGUUAGAAAGGGAUGGAAUUCACAACACACAUCGAAUCUUAUGGAUGAGAAUGGUGCUGCAGAUCGAUCCCUGGAAGAUCUUUUCCUUAGGAAAUUUAUUUAUGGAACUUUCCACGGUUGCUUAUCAACAGAUCUUAUCAUCAAGCGACGCGCCAAUCAGAUCAUCAUCGUAGCAAUUAUGCUCCGGAAUAUCGCUCCCCAGAAAUUCUACUUCCUGAUUGGUUAUUCUGAGGAGCUGCUCUCCAAUUGGUUCAAAUGUCCUGUCAAAAUGGAAAUUCAAAUAACCGAUGACAGGCCUAUAUACAAAUGGAUCUGAAAAAGUCGUCCUCAUUCUAAACAAUGUUUAAGCCAUUAAUAAAAAAUAGGGAAUAACAUUGCUGUUCUAGGAGUGGGUAACACAGACAAAUUGGCGCAAGUAGCUUCUUAUUCACAUUUUUAGUUUUAAUACUCCAAGUCCUACUUACUCCUGAGUGAUGAAAAGCAAUCAGGAUUCGAUCCCCCUUCAUGUUUAGGCAUGAAGUGAUGUGAAGUAAUGAUUUUUUUUAUGUGGAUAAUUUGGAAAUAAUUUGCAGCCGUGUAGUAUUUGUACGGCAAACCUUAUCACUGUUAAAGGAGAGCGCUGUGGACAAUAUCAUAAUAUCUCUGAAUCAUUGAAUGCUUUUACUGGCAAUUUACUGGCAUUAAAUUCUGUACAAUUACAUGUACACGUGUACAUGUAUUGCCAAGUUGUUUCAAACUACAUGUAGUUACUAGAGAGUUUUGCCAAUGUGUAUUUCAAAAAUGAAUAAAUAACACUAUUGAUCUUUA